AUGCCAUCGAUUAAGUCUGACGACUUUUGUAAAGAAUGUAGAGUGAAGGCAUGUGGAGAGAAAUUCAAGACAAGGCAUGAAUACAACUGGAGAAGACACAUGUUAGUACAUCUGCCAAAGGGAGAUAAGUAUAAUGAGGCACUUGAGGCGUUUGUCAAAAGCCAGAUUAGACAAGCUGAUAACAACUUCGAAGAUGUCGUCAGUGAAGAUGAUGAUAUGGAAUCUGUGAUACCACCGGUUAAUUUAGUCACCCACACAUCAACACAUAUAUUAAAAGAUGCUGUGGAAUGUAAAGAGAGAGAUGAAUAUAUGUUUUUAUUGAAUUAUGCAACAUUAGAUGAUACUUUACCACAAAUGUGCCAAUUGCACCGAGCUUCAACGUUGCAAAAAUCUGAUCAGUCUGCUAUGGAGAGAGAUGAAUAUAUGUUUUUAUUGAAUUAUGCAACAUUAGAUGAUACUUUACCACAAAUGUGCCAAUUGCACCGAGCUUCAACGUUGCAAAAAUCUGAUCAGUCUGCUAUGAAACAAGCCGAAGCUUAUAUAAAUCUGUUACCAAUACGAAUAUUUACAGAUGAUAAAAGUAUAAUUUACAUAAUAUAG